AUGAAAGUAGACCUUUUCAAAUCUCUCGUCAAUAAGGAUAUCGCAUUCUUCGAUGCUAAUUCUUCUGGAGAACUGGUUUCAAAACUGACAACAGAUUGCGACACCGCCUCAGGAGUUUUAUCUUAUGAUUUGACAUCAUUCAUCCAACAUGUUGUCCUUACAUUCAGUUCACUAGCAUUUGUAUUAAUCUAUUCUUGGAGAUUGACACUGCUGGCUUGCAUAACCUUUCCGACAAUGUAUAUCAUAAGUGAACUUUACGGGGAUUUCAGCCACAAACUUUAUGAAUCAUCACGCAAAAUGUCUGCAAAAGUUACUGAGAUAGCUUCUGACGUACUGUCAACAAUGAGAACAGUUAGAUCUUUCGGAUGUGAAAGGCGUGAAGUCAAAAGAUUCUCCGAAAAUCUUGACAAAUUACUGCACCUCGAAAUGAAAAGUUCCUACGGUAGCGCUGGUUAUUCUUGGACAAUUGAUAUUGCACAAAAUCUCACUGAUGGUGUUCUGCUGCUUUAUGGUGGCCAUCUAAUCUUGACAGAUAAAAUGUCACCAGGCACUUUAGUGACAUAUUUUCUAUAUAUGGAAAGGCUCGACAAUAAUAUCAACUCGAUUAUCAUGACAUCAAAUUCAGUAAUGGAAGCUUUCUAUGCAGCUGGACAGAUCUUUGUCCACAUAAAAAAUGUCUCGGAACAUGAAAGAAAAGGUAUUGAAAAGCCUGAUAUUUCUGGAACUAUCGAAAUGGCAUCAGUGGAUUUCUUCUAUCCGUCACGGCCUACUGAACAAGUGCUGAAGAAUAUCAAUCUCAGAAUUGACGCUGGUACAACCACAGCAUUUGUUGGAGCAAGCGGCGGUGGAAAGUCUACCCUUGUCGCUCUUAUGGAACAAUUCUACAAACCUUCAAAAGGUUCCAUCACACUCGAUGGCAUCCCUAUUGAGAGAAUUGAACACGAGUAUUACCAUGAAAAGAUAGCUCUGGUAGCUCAAGAGCCUGUGCUCUAUGAUUGCUCUAUUCGGGAUAACAUAUUAUAUGGUUGCGAAUGGGCUACCAACGAGGACAUGAAGAUGGCUGCGCAGAUGGCUAACGCUCACGAAUUUAUCUUGCAGCUGGAGAAAGGUUAUGAUACCAGCUGUGGCGAGCGAGGCGCUCAGCUGUCAGGUAAGUGCAGU